CUGCACCGUAUUCGGCUUUGGGAAUGAUGAACUCCAGCGUGGACCUGUCCCGGAGGAAUCCGCAGGAGGACUUCGAGCUGAUCCAGCGGAUAGGAAGCGGCACAUACGGAGAUGUGUACAAGGCUCGUAAUGUCAACACAGGAGAGCUGGCUGCCAUCAAAGUCAUCAAACUGGAGCCGGGUGAGGACUUUGCUGUGGUGCAGCAGGAGAUCAUAAUGAUGAAGGACUGCAAACACUCCAACAUCGUGGCCUACUUCGGCAGUUACCUCCGGAGAGAUAAACUAUGGAUCAGUAUGGAGUACUGUGGAGGAGGUUCUCUGCAGGACAUCUACCACGUGACCGGGCCGCUGUCGGAGUCUCAGAUAGCCUACAUGUCCCGGGAGACCCUCCAGGGUUUAUACUACCUACACAACAAAGGCAAAAUGCACAGAGACAUCAAGGGCGCCAACAUCCUGCUGACAGACAACGGCUACGUUAAACUAGCUGACUUCGGAGUGUCGGCUCAGAUCACAGCCACUCUGGCCAAGAGGAAGUCCUUCAUUGGAACUCCGUACUGGAUGGCUCCAGAGGUGGCAGCAGUAGAGAGGAAAGGAGGUUACAACCAGCUGUGUGACAUCUGGGCCGUGGGAAUCACUGCAAUAGAGCUGGCCGAGCUGCAGCCCCCCAUGUUUGACCUGCACCCCAUGAGGGCUCUCUUCCUGAUGACCAAGAGCAAUUUCCAGCCUCCUAAGUUGAAAGAUAAAGUCAAGUGGACAAACAACUUCCACCAUUUUGUCAAACUGUCGCUCACCAAGAACCCGAAGAAGAGGCCCACGGCUGAGAAGCUGCUGCAGCACCCGUUCGUGUCCCAGCCCCUCAGCAGGACGUUGGCCAUCGAGCUGCUGGACAAAUCCAACAACCCCGACCACAGCACCUUCAACGACUUUGACGACGACGACCCUGAACCCGAGUCUCCGGUCUCCGUUCCUCAUCGGAUCCGGUCCACCAGCAGGAGCACCAGGGAGGGGAAGACGCUGUCGGAGAUCAACUUUGGCCAGGUGAAGUUUGACGCUCCGCUGAGGAAGGAGACGGCGCCUCACCACGAACCGUGUGAAUCUGAGCCCUAUCUGGACUGUGUUGAGGAGCUCUACUAUACCGCGAGAUCUAAUCUGGACCUGCAGCUGGAGUACGGACACGAUUCUCCAAGUCUACUGGGAGGAAACAAGAGUCUCCUCAAAUCGGUGGAGGAGGAGCUUCACCAGAGGGGCCAUGUGGCUUACUUAGGGGAUGGUGAUGAGGAUGAGGAUGGUGCAGAUGAUGAUGAAACUCACUCUCACAAAUCGAGCACCAUCAUGAGGCCGAAGGUCCCGCCUCCUCUUCCUCCAAAGCCGAAGUCGCUCUGCUCGUCACCACAACCGCCGCCGCCGCCGCUGCAGAAGCCCGACGACGGCCGCCCGCACAGCGAGGACGACGGCGGCAGUGGCGGCGGGGGGGACGGGACCAUUAAGCGCUGCCCGGAGACGGCGAGCCCCGCCAGGCCCGCCUCCAGCGUGCCGCCGAGGCCGCCGCCCCCCAAGCUGCCGCCCCACCGCCGCAGCAGCCUAGGUAACGACAGCCCGAAGCACGCGGCGGCCGUGGAGAGCGCGGCCCCAGAGGAUGAUGGGAGCUUUAGGCAUUUCUGGGAGUGGCUUCACACGCCUCACACAGAGGAGGAGCUGGAGGAGGCGUGGGAGGUGCUGAAGGAGGGGAAGGAGGAGCAGGAAAAAGAGGAGGAGAAGGAAGAGAGUAACGGGCUGAACACGGCUCCUCACGGGGGGGAGAGGGACAGCCCGGCAGAGAGACAGUCCACCAUGCCCCCCAGUGUCCCCCUCAGGAAGGACAAGAAGGACGUUCUGAAGCCGAUCAGCAACGGUCUUCCUCCUACGCCUAAAGUUCACAUGGGAGCCUGUUUCUCCAAGGUGUUCAACGGGUGUCCUCUGAAGAUCCACUGCGCCACCUCCUGGAUCAACCCCGACACCAGAGACCAGUAUCUGAUAUUCGGGGCUGAGGAGGGAAUCUACACGUUAAACCUUAACGAGCUCCACGAGACCUCGAUGGAACAGCUCUUUCCUCGGAGGUGCACCUGGCUCUACGUCAUGAACAGUUGUCUUCUCUCCAUAUCCGGAAAAGCCUCCCAGCUCUACUCUCACGCGCUGAGCGGCCUGUUCGAGCAGGCCAGGCAGUUACAGAAGUUACCAGUAGCCAUUCCCACUCACAAGCUGCCUGACAAGAUGAUUCCCAGGAAGUACGCAGUGUCCAAUAAGAUUCCAGACACUAAAGGCUGCCAAAAGUGCUGCGUAGUCCGUAACCCGUACACCGGCCACAAGUACCUGUGUGGAGCCUUCCAGUCCAGCGUCAUGCUGCUGGAGUGGGUGGAGUCCAUGCAGAGGUUCAUGCUCAUCAAGAACAUCGACUUCCCGCUGCCGUGUCCGCUGGAGGUCUUUGAGAUGCUGGUGGUGCCGGAGCAGACCUACCCUCUGAUCUGCGUGGCGGUCAGCAAGGGCACCGAGCUCAACCAGGUGGUGCGCUUCGGCACCGUCAACCCCAACUCUACCUCCUCCUGGUUCACGGAAGCAAACACCCCUCAGACCUGCGUGAUCCACGUCACUCAGCUGGAGAGGGACACCAUCCUGGUCUGCCUCGACCGGUGCAUAAAGAUCGUGAACCUCCCAGGCAGGUUGAAGUCCAGCAGGAAGCUGUCGGCCGAGCUCACCUUCAACUUCCAGAUCGAAGCGACGGUUUGUCUCCAGGACAGCGUGCUGGCCUUCUGGAGGCACGGCAUGCAGGGACGCAGCUUCAAGACCAACGAGAUCACUCAGGAGAUCUCUGACAGCACACGCAUCUUCAGACUACUGGGGUCAGACAGACGUACCGACUGUAGAGACCCAGACACCAACAGAGGCGUCGCUCUGCCCAGGGUGGUGGUGCUGGAGAGCCGGCCGACCGACAACCCCACAGCCCACAGCAACCUGUACAUCCUGGCAGGCCAUGAAAACAGCUACUGAGACGCACACACACACACACGUGUGCUUAAACACGCUCUAGCCACCACUAAUGCAACACACGGGGAGCACAGACACACACUGACACACACGUCCAAACCUUUCCGCCAAAUCCUCCCGACGAGCCGCUGGUGCAGACGUGGAUCCCCGGCUGAUUCUAGAAAAGGGGCUGCCGUGUCACACGUGUACGUAGCUUAGCCGCGGUAGCGGAGGCGGGGCUUAUCGACUGCUGGUCCGGGGCCAGUUUGACUCGAGGCGGCCGGGGAUCGUCCCUGAAAACCGUCCCACCUUUUCCCCCCCGUACGGCACGCAAAGUGUGGCGCCAACACUACUUCUUCUUCUUCUUCUGGUCCCACACAUGCUACGCUAGCUGCGCUAACGCUUCACUGAGGAGCCAUCUUGCACAGAAAUCCUUCGGCGUCUCUUCUUCCUCCUCCCAUGCCUCUUCUUUUUUUAUUGUUUUUUAAACACCGUUAUUUAUUGUGGCAUGAUGUACCUUUAACAAGCAGGACAGCGUUUCCUGUCUUAUUUUGCUUUUUUAAAGGAUAUUAAAAGGAGAAAAAAAAGGCUUUGCACCUCCGCCAGCGUCGACGCCGUCACCACACAAGUGCUUAAUCCACCUCUAUUUAACUGUUGUAAAUAUAAACGUAGUAUUUUUGACAGAUGAACACUAAAGAAGACGACGUAGGUCUCGUAGUGGCGUGUGUGAGAUAGACGUGAUCAUGUGACGCGGGGCUCAGCGACCAACGGCCAUUUUCACAUCACGUCACCAUAGAAACGUGCUGCUCCUUCGCGCCGUAGCGACCGUUGUUUUUGACACCCUCUUUUUUUAAAUUCUUUUAAUCAGAAAGCGUUUUUUUUAUUUUGUAUGGAACCACUGGUGUUUAAAGUUUGCACAGAGAAAAAGGUGUUUGACAAACAAAUGUGAUGUCAUUCUAAUAUAUGACCGUGUGUGUUUUCACCGUGCGUGUGGACAGAAUACGAACGCACAACGGAUCUGGGUUUUAACAUGUGACCCUUGUUUCCCUUGAAAGAGCUCCAACAGAUAAAAUGAUAUUAAUACACAAAUGUUCCAAACAGAAGAAAACAUUAAUUAAUAUUUAUUCUGCAGAUCUGUCUCCUAAAUCUGUACAGAAGCCCAACCAGGUGAUCAUCUUUCUAAGUCUGAUCUGAUUUUCUCUAUUUAUGACCUGAGAACAGGUGAGAAAAGUUUUUCAAAUACCUGAAAGACUUUUACUAGAACAUUGGUUUGUUCCCCCUCUUCAGUUGGUGAAAAAUAAAGAAUACGUUUUAAAUGAUAUUGGCAAACUUAGAAUUAUUGUUCACUUGUUCUGAGUUGAUAAACAGAUCUCGAGGACCGCCGGCCUCUCAGGGCUUCUGUACACGGUUAAAGGUCUGUGAAUUAUAUAUCAUUAUAUGAUCAGUGUCUCAGAUAAAGUUCUUAUUCACAUAGAAACCAGGACACAAUUUAACACAUUUACUCACAAGCUUCUCUUUUAGCUACGAGACCUUUUUAAACCCUUUUUGCAUCAAGUCAAGGACGAAAUGAAAUAUUAUAAAUGAUUAAAGUCACUGUAAUAUCUCUGAAGUUAAUACACAGCUUGACUAAAGAUUUAAAGCUUAAACGUCUAAUUGAAUCUAAAUAUUUUAAAAAGUCAACUUGAGAGUUGGUUAUUUGUUAUAAAACAUGUUAAAUUGUUUUAUAACUUUUACCCAACGUCAAAUGUAGAUUCAGAGUUGCAGCCAAGUUGUAUUCACAUAAUCAGGUUAUUUAACAAAACAUUUAAAAUCUAAAACUCAUGAAUAUAAAAUCACAUUUCAUACUUCUGUCGUUUUAGUUCUAUUGGAGGUAAAUGUCUCACAUUCGGGAUUGUUUUUAGUGUCACGCCAAAAUCUGUUUUUAUUAAGAAUUUUAGAUGAGAAAAGUUUUUUUCGGAGUGGAAAGACGUUUAAAACUCCAGGAAAUGUUUUUAUCCUCCAUGAGUAGACGAAUGUAAAUGACCAGAAGUUAAAGAACCGAUAAGUUAUUAAAGUUAUUAAAAGACAUGAAGACAAAGUGAAGACAGAUUCCACUGAAACGCCCAGGUGCUUUUAUUUUGAAACAUCGUCGGCCAACAAAAAGCUCGUCCUGUAUCAUAGAAAACUUAUUUAGUUGAAACGGGUGAUUCUUAGAACCUCACAUCGCUUUGGUUCUGUUUUCUAACUUUUCUUUUAUUUGGGGGGAACUUUCCUUUUUUCCAGAAGAUGUUUCUGUGGGAUUAAAUGAACUUCCGUUGCCAUGGACACAAGUAGAACGUCAGUGUUUAAGGACUUCUGAUAGAGGGACCGAGACGAACGUCAGAUUAAAGAUCCACAGAUGAUCAUCUCUUGUAUCCCCAAACACAAAGCACGUCUCCGUCGCUACAUUACGUCUCCUUGUGUAACUUGUUGUUGUUUGGUUCUUAAUGCAACGCACAUGUUAUGAAAUGUACAUAGUGUAAAAUAAAAAUGGGUUUGUUUUACAUACUGUAUAAUUGCCUAUAUUUUGUUUCAGAUUUAUGAGAUGACGGGUUAACACAUUAAAAAGAAGGAACUCAA